AUGUUUUCAAGACGAAUAAUUGAUUUACUCUCCAAGGGUGUACCUCAAACAAUUUACUCAUACAAGAAACCAUUCAUUGUGAAAUUCGGUUCCAUUUCAUUAUCAUUAGUCUUUCUCACCUAUGGUUGCACAUUUUUCAACACUUCAUGGAACACAGCCAAAGUCUAUUACAGAGAUGCUGAUGCCCAGGAAAAGAAAUCUAUUCUGUUUUUAAUAAAGACAUACGGUCCCAUGACCAUGGCUAUAAUGCCCAUAGGGUUAUCCCUUGCAUCAUUAUAUCUAUCAUCAAGAAUGGUCACUAAUAUCGUUUAUAUACCUCCCAAUUUGAAAAUAUCUACAUUACCACAUUAUCAAAUUACCAGAACUUCACCAAUCCUUGGAAGAUCUAUCACGACAAUGAAACCGGUGGGUCAAAUAGUCAAAAGUAAGGGUAAUGGUAAAAUUUUUACUGGAGAAGGUAAACAAGGAAUUGAUGAUAAGUCAACUUUUGNUUUCUUUUUAGUAGAUAAGAGUCCCGAUUUAAGGUACCCUUGGAAUAAAUUUUAUAUCGUCUCUAGAAAUGGUUCUGUAUUGAAAUCAGAUGGUCGCAUUAUAGAUGAUAUGUUCCAACCAGGGUUGUCAGAUACUACUGAUGCAUCUGUAAGCAAGAACAAAUCUUCCCAGAAAGAACAAGAAUCUGAAGAAAUGAGAGUGAAAAUAUUCGAUUCAAUAGUCAGGUCCAGUGUUGGAAAUUCAUCUACCUUCCAUUCUAAACAUAAGGACAUUGCCGCAAGGAAAAUAGUUAAGAACCUUUUACAUAAAAACAAGACUAAGAAAAACGAUAUCCUGUAA